GCUCCCGAGGCUCGGGACGCUCGCAGCGGAGCGAAGACCCCGUUCCGAACCGAGGCGGAGGCGCCCUGCCGGAGUUCCUUCGGCGUUCCCCCGCCCCGGUCGGCUUCCAUUCCUGCAGGGCGGGGCGGGACCUUCCCGUGGAGCCCCUCCCGGCCGAAAAGGCUCCGCGCGGUCCUCGGGGCGCUGGAGAGGCUGGAAGCGGCGGCGGCGGCGAUCCCGGCGGUUCAGCGCUGCUUGCGGCGAUGUUUCCCAGGCGGGGCGUCUACUGGUUGCCUCCUUGCAGCCCCGGCGGCAGUGCCCCGAGACCAGCUGGGAACCCUGUGGUGUUAACCUCAGUCAACAUGUCCUGGAAACUGCCAAUCGCUCAACCUCAAUCUCGGCUCGGCUUGGUUCUUGAAGACCAAACGAGCGUAGGGAAUGAUAGAUUGGCGGAGGCUGGGUCUCCAACGGAGGCUGUCCCCCACCAGCUGGGGUUCUUGCCCAUGAGUGGACGGCUUCUGAAAUCUGAAUCGGAAGAUUCCGGCGUGGAGUUGGCCAGCAGCGAUCACGUCCCUUUGACUCCGGUAGAAUCCGAGAAAAGCUUUUCUCUGGACUGCCUAGAUGGAGAUGAUUUGAUUCCAGCCCUUCAGGAGGGUUGCCCCAAAGAAAGGCCGGAAGCACUACUGCCAGUUCUGGAUUGUGCCUGGCAGGAUUUCCAUGUCAAAGGGAAACUCGGCGAUGUGGUCCAGAGGUCCCAGAAGAACCUCAUGUCUAUGACCAAGAAGAUUCCUCCAGAUUUAGAGGAGUUGAAGUCCUGCUACCAGCCAUGCCAGCCAGUGAGUGUUGAAGGAGUUCUGGAUGAGUCUACCUCAGACGGCAGCACCCUUGAGGAGAAAACAAAAGAAGAGACACAACAGACAGCAUCCCGUCCCAUGCCAGGACCGGGUCUCCGCUCCCUGGAGAACCUUUCCAAAAUUAUGGAAAAAAUUGUGAAACUGCAGAAAGCCAACCAGGAAAUCCAACAUGAACAACAAGUAUUGGAAUGUCAUGUCCGGACUUUGGAGAGCCGGGUCUGCACCCUGGGACAGGAGAAGUGUGUGAAUCCAGUGAGUGUUGAAGAGGUUCUGGAGGAGGAGGCUUCUGGAGGAUGCAGUCAAGCUACCUCAGGCGGCAGCAUCCUUGAGGAGGAGAAAACAAAAGAAGAGGCACAACAGCCAGCAUCUCGCCCCAUGCCAGGACUGGGUCUACGUUCCCUGGAGAACCUCUGUAAAACCAUGGAGAAAAUUGCCAAACUUCAAAAAGCCAACCGGGAAAUUCACCAUAAAUGUCAAAUGCUGGAGUGCCGAGUCCGCACCCUAGAACAGGAGAAAAACGACCGAUCCUUCUGGGGAAGAUUGAAGGGGCUGUUUCGAAUUAGAAGGAAAUCUGAACAGCCUAAAGAAAUCAUCCAAAUCACAGUUUCAAGGAAUACCACCAGUAGUGACAUCACAUCCCAAAGCCGGCACUCUUGAUGAAAUUGUAUUUUUUUAGUAUUUUUAACAGAUAACUAUAUCUGUGGCUGUGAGUUUGAAUAUAUUUAUUGUAUUUAUUGUAUUGUAUUUAAAGAAGCAAAAUAAAAUGUUUUGCAGACUUAAAAAUCUGAACCUGAGAGUAGAGAAUUUUUUUUUUUUUUGGAAAAGGUAAAUUCAGUAGAACGUGGUACCAAAGCUUUUCAGGGCUGUACCAUUUCAUGCCGCAUGGAAGGAUGCACGGUUGAAAAACAGUUUCUGGAGAUAUAUGGAAUCCUUUGCAGUGGAGAAGUAGCAUGUCAUGAAUCAAGCGGAGACCUGUUGGAUCAUACAAGGGAACCACCUAACCUCCCAGAGGAUACGAGCGGUUAAAUUUGGAAGCAGCUGACUUUCAGUUGCAUCAAGUAGGAUACUUGUAUUGAUGGUUUCAAUUGCAUGAAUUUAGAAUGGCGUUUUAGCUUCUCACAAUCUGAUGCUGUCCAGAUACAUCGGAUUCCAAUGCCCAUAAUCGCCAGUCAUUUGUGGCUAGUGCUGAAGGAGACUGACCCAACUCCAGUGUAUGACAGAUCCUCCUGGCUAUCCUGAAAACUUAAUUUACCACGGCUUAAAUGUUGGAAAGGGAAACACUGAGUUCCUUGGUGCCACGAAGAUCAGCAUUCUCAUCCCUAAAUAAAUAGUUGCUGGAGUAGGGCCGUCCAUCUAGUCAAGGCAAACACCAAGGACAGAAGGGAUA